CGCUGGUCCAGUCAUUCGUGAUCCGACAGUCACCGCGGCGGGUGCUCGUGUUUGCGUGCGCGGUAACACAGUCCCGGGACGAGGAUGACCAUGUGACGGUCGGUUUCAAUUGUUUGACUUUUGAUUUUGCUUCACCGUUUGAAAUCAAUUUGGAAAUACAAAGUGUUAAUAUUUAAGGUGGACGAAUAGUCUAGUGAUACGUUAACAAAUCAAAACAUAAUGAAUUAUCGUGCAAUUAUUUCAACAACAAUUUUCGUUUUCGUUGUGCAUUGCGGCUACUCGAGUGCGGCAGUCAUUCCGCCUGAAUGGGCUGACGUCCGCGUCAAUCCGUGCGCCAAGGCGUCGUGGCAAUAUUUGUUCUGGAAAUCAGACGGGAAAUGUUAUCCGAUAUUCAAGCAAGGCUAUCCAUGUCCGGCUACGAUGGAACUCGUUUUUGACUCUUCAACCAAAGAGGCCAAAUGUCAAUGUCCGUCUGGUCGGCUUUAUUGGGAAGAAGAUGGUCGCUGCUAUGAACCCUUCACUCCAGGUCCUUGUCCCGAAGGCAGUUUCCUUCACCCGGGUCAAGAAGUGCAAUCACGUGGAAUGCAGCGACAAGAUCCGCUCCGUCGAACGCUUCAUCAAGUGCAGGCAUGGCUGGGUCAACAAUACGAGCCCAGCAAAGUUGAACCACUUGGAUUCGUUCACUGCAAACAACGGGGCUACUGUCCAGCUAAUUGGGGGUUUUGGCCCGCAACGGAACUUUGUUAUCCGUUCGAUAGCCAAGGACCUUGCCAGAGCGGCUCUCUCUUCCGCUGGAACGUCGUCACUCAACAGGCGGAAUGCGGGUGUCAGUCGGCAGUUAUUUAUCAAUCGUCGACUAAAAACGAUACUUUAGCUGGCAGUUCAUGGCGCCCAUUUUUUUGGCCGAUAAGUGCCACCUGCCACGAGCACCACACCAAUGGUCCCUGCAAGCUGGGCGAAGUCUUCGGUUACAAUCAGUCAGCCCAGAUGACACAGUGCUCUUGUUCCAAACAGUUGCCUAGUUAUCAUGCGGAAUCAGGGCAAUGCUUUGAGAAAUACACACGGGGUCCGUGCAGCGUUGGCAUGUGGCUGACAUCUCAUCCGCUGGAUUUACCACAAUAUUCGAUGCCAGCAUCUGUCCGACCGGCUCAGUCAACUCGUUCCAAGGGCUCGAAAACGCGAAAGUAUUCCAACACGCAACCAGUAGCCAACAAUCGCCGGAAUUCCAUCAAACAGAGCCUGUCCUGUUACUGUCUCCCUGGAUUUGUCUAUAGCGAGGAAGAUGAUCAAUGCUUCCGGGAAUAUACUCAAGGCCCUUGCAGAUCCGGAUAUUUUUUCAUCCGAAGCGACGAGGACGAUAUUAAAUCACCUGGCCUUUGCUGGAAGAAUCCGUGUGCCCGGCAAGAACUCUAUUUGCCGGAAUCUCAGCGUUGCUAUGCCAUCCAUACACAAGGGCCUUGCUUGGAUGGGCAAAUUAUUUUGGCGGACGAUGCCCACGGCAUUGGUUACCGUGGUCGGUGCGGAUGCUCAACCACUAACCUUCAGCAUUAUUGGCCGGCUGACGGGAAAUGCUACGCUCAUGAAACGACCGGACCGUGUGAUGGUGAUCUACUUUUCAGUCUGCGAUCCGGUGAUGGAUUGACACCUGCUUGUGCCUGUCCGGAGGACUACGUUAAUUACAACGGCACAACAAACUGUUAUAAACCUUUCAGCCAAGGCCCUUGCCAAUGGAAUGAGUGGCUAGUGCCCGCAGCAGCUGCAUCUGGAGUUGGAACCAAUGACGUUGGUUCCAUCAACGACAAUCGGUUGGAUUUCGAACCAUACGUGUGCCAGUGUAAGCCCGGCUAUGAAUAUCAAAUGGGAUCGACAUACUGCCAGCCGCCCAGUUUGGAAUUGCUAUUUUCGUUGCCAAAAGCCAAAAAUGGGCCAUCUCGUCGAUUUAAACGAGAGUGAAACGGUGGAAUGUGUAUCGGUUAAUUCUUUGGACGAUCGCGUAAGGCCGUCAACACAGCCCAAGUACGCAUCAAGGAGGAAAAAAAAAAAUUUUACUAAACAAACUGAAUCAAUCACAAAGUUUCGAAUCUCGCUCCGCCUCUUCGACAUUCUGCAAUCCGGCGCUAUAAUGUAGGAGGAGGAGGACGAGAGCCUGUCGCCUUGCUUCGCACAAUUCCGCUUCUUUCUCCAGUUUCUGUUUUUCGUCGCCGGACCAGGGAGUUCCAUCGGGUCGAUCCAAACGAGCGGCCAAUUCGUAGCGACGGAGGAUUUCCAUUUCGGUUGCCGAUUCCAGUCUCUGAAGCUAAAAUCGACAAAGAAAAUGUAAAGACAAUGAAAAUGUUAUUAGUUCGAGAUAUUUUGAGCUGUGCGUGUGACACGGCCCGCUCCAAUACUGAAACGGACCAUUGAAGUGAUUCUGGCUCGGCGCUGGCCACUGUUUAAAUGACUGUAAAUUUCCUUGCCGGAAUCCUUGGCCAGACGCAUCAGCGACUCAUCGUGUUCACGUGACUGCAACCGCUCGACGGCUGAUUCCAGUUCCACAAGUUCGUCGACAUCCUCUUCCGUAGACAGAAACGGAUUUUCUUCCGGAUCGACCUGAUAACAGUUGUGUACAAAAUAAAAUAAAUUUACCUUUGAAAAUGUC